AUGAGGGUGACGGAGCCAGGAAAAGGGCGAACGGCUUCCUGGCAGAGGCGUCCUGUUGUCAGCACCCAUGUAGGAGUGGGUCCGCCGCAGACACUUGGGGAGAAGUUCAACCAUGGCAUGGAGCAUUUGACCUGGGUUGGUAGUGAAGUGAAAACCCUGUCUGUUAAUCAAAAUAUUAACCAACUGGAAACUGACAAUAUGGAAAAGGAAUCCCAAGACAAGAUGAUGAUGAUGAAGAUGAUGAACACUUGGGUAUGGCUGGAUGGUGGAGGAGAGGUCAGGUGGGACGAGCAGGUGGGGAGAGGGAGCAUGCGUCACUUUCCCUGCUCUGCAGAAGAGUCUUAA